UGGAAAUUUAAUAUCUUGCCUUAUAACUGACUGUAGUAAAUGUACUGUCAGGUCAACUGCGUCAUUCCCUUGGAAUGCAAACAUAGCAAACAUGGAAUGUUCCAUGGAACAUUUUCGGGGAACGCCAAAAGACACGCCCUGGCGAUAACAUUGUCCUAAACCAAUACAACCAAUUUUUUUCCCUUUCGUACUAACAAUGUAUCACGUCGAACUUCUUCCGAGUACGACAACUCACCUCACUCCGGGGUGGACCUACGUCCCCGACAGGGGCUUCGACCCAUCCAAAGCAGCGAUCACGCCUACCAUCGGCAGGAAACGAGGCAUUCGCGACCCCGGCAGCCGUGGAGAUGUAUCAUCAAGACAGGCCAAUGCGAUCAUCCGACAUUUAGCAGAACUCGAUCGGGAGAACCAUAAAGAUGUCCAUAUUCCGAUCCCGGUGAAACAAAAGGAUGCAGCUGGAAGAGGGACAAGAGGCAAAGUUACCUCGAAUGUGCGCCGUAUCCUUCAAUCACAGAAGACCUUCAGAAACUACCUCGAUGACGAAGAAGCCGCGUUAGCACAAGCAGCCCAGUCUACGACGCAGCGUCCCCCAGCCAACAAAGUAACAAAACCAUCAUCAUUACGAAGAAGCUCGACACCUGCCACAACGCCCAAACCGGAAUCCUCGCGUCAGAAGAAACAACCCUCCACUGUACCCGCGCGUCAGAGGGCAUCAGCGACACCUGCAAAGCCACCCAGCGUCACUACCACAGAAGACACAGAGAAGGAAUCGGAGAAGGAGCCGGAGGACAAGCAAGCACUUAUCAAAACCGAGCACGAUAACGAUCCCCUCCUGAAAUCGUAUAUCCCCUCUGCACCGUCAGAACGUAUCAUGCAGGCACUUCUUGCGGAGCCGCCAUUGACGUAUAAUGCUUCUCGCGUCGGUCCACCAGUCACAAUGAAAUCGCAGCGGUAUUUCUGUUGUGUGUGCGGUUACUGGGGCAAGAUCCGGUGCAAGAACUGCCCUUCGCGGACCUGCGGCUUGGACUGUUACAAACUUCAUGAGGACUCCAGAUGUGGGGCGUUCUACUAGGCCAUUCAAAUGCGGAUUAGCCAAACAAAAAAA